AUUUUCGUUUUUCAGAAACACUUCCAUCAUUCCAAAACCAACAAAAAGCAAAAACACACAACACAAAACGAAAAACGAGAAAUAAUAAUAAUAAAAAAGAAAAAUAAUUAGAAGCGUAAAAGAAAAGAGCUCUCACUUUUUUUACUUCCUUUGACCGAAUCGACAACGAGGAAUCGCUUCGGUUCAUUUCAGGUCAAUUGGGGUUGCUUUAAAUGGCAUUUGGAAACUGGGUUUGUAAAUCUAUUUUCAAUUGUCGUGUCAACUGUGUAGAACUUGAGAACAAGUUUCUUAUUUGAAGUCGUGAAGGUUGCUGGGUGUUGCCAGUUGAAUUGUUGGUAUUGUGAUGGGCUGCGAGUGUUCAAAGCUCUCAGCGUGCUGUUGGGGUUCAGAGUAUGGAGGAGCAGUGCCUGAAGAUAACAAUGAUGAAAACGAGGACAAGGGUGAAGUUGAUAAUGUGCCAGUGUUUUGCGAGUACUCUGUUGAGACACUUAAGAUGGCCACAUCUGGAUUUGCUGUGGAAAAUAUAGUUUCUGAACAUGGAGAAAAAGCUCCAAAUGUGGUUUAUAAGGGCAAGUUGGAGAAUCAAAGGCGGAUUGCUGUUAAACGGUUUAAUAGGUCUGCGUGGCCUGAUGCUCGACAGUUUUUGGAAGAAGCAAAAGCUGUCGGUCAGCUUCGAAACCAUAGGUUGGCAAAUUUACUUGGUUGCUGCUGUGAAGGUGAUGAAAGAUUACUUGUUGCGGAAUAUAUGGCUAAUGAUACUCUAGCAAAGCACUUAUUUCAUUGGGAAACACAACCUAUGAAAUGGGCGAUGCGUCUAAGGGUGGCUUUACAUCUUGCUCAAGCUCUAGAGUAUUGUACCAGCAAAGGGCGUGCCUUAUAUCAUGACCUAAAUGCUUAUAGAAUUGUUUUUGAUGAUGAUGGCAACACUAGACUCUCAUGCUUUGGUCUGAUGAAGAACAGUAGAGAUGGAAGAAGUUACAGUACAAACUUGGCUUUUACUCCUCCCGAGUACCUGCGAACGGGAAGAGUAACUGCAGAAAGUGUGAUGUACAGUUUUGGCACCCUUUUGCUUGACCUUCUCAGUGGAAAACAUAUUCCUCCUAGUCACGCAUUGGACCUAAUACGGGACAGGAACAUUCAGACGCUGACAGAUUCUUGUUUGGGCCAAUUUUCUCAUGAUGAAGGAACUGUAGUGCGUUUAGCGUCAAGAUGUUUACAGUAUGACCCGAGAACGGCCAAAUCCGAGGUCAUUAGUUACUGCUUGCUUCCUCUUCAGGAUACUGAGGUUCCUUCUCACGUAUUGAUGGGUAUACAACAUGGUACUGCAGCUUUACCUCUAUCACCACUUGGUGAAGCUUGCUUAAGAAUGGAUUUGACUGCCAUUCAUGAGAUCUUGGAAAAGCUUGGAUAUAAAGAUGACGAGGGUGCUGCUACAGAGCUUUCUUUCCAGAUGUGGACCAACCAGAUGCAGGAAACAUUAAAUUCAAAGAAAAAGGGUGAUGUUGCAUUUAGGCACAAAGAUUUUAGAGCUGCCAUUGAAUGCUUUUCACAGUUCAUUGAUGUUGGAACAAUGGUAUCACCCACGGUUUUUGCACGUCGCAGUCUGUCUUAUCUGAUGAGUGACAUGCCACAGGAAGCCCUCAAUGAUGCAUUACAAGCCCAAGUAAUAUCUCCUGUUUGGCAUAUCGCAGCCUACUUACAAGCUGCUGCUCUUUUUGCAUUGGGAAGGGAAAAUGAAGCGCAGACAGCUCUUAGAGAGGGUUUUAUCCACGAAAAUAAAAGGAAUGCAAAUGCUUGACAAUAAGAAAACAAAAAAAAUGAAGCCCAAAUAAGUCUCUGAAUUGCACCUUUCCUUAAGACUACCAAACGGCAUAUACAUGGUUCUCACCUCUCAGUUUCAAGACAACGACCAAAAGAUUUCUGGAUUUAUAAAGCAGGCCAUGGAGUUGAACAAGCUGAAAUGGUCCUGAUUUACUGUACGUUUGAAUGGUUGGCUGGUGAUCUUUUGAAGCAUAUUCUUUUGCAAAAAUAUUGGAUGGGUUGGUUUUGGUUAGUUUGUUGAGAUAAUUGGGACAGUGGUGUUUAUUUAUCAGAAUCUGCCCUUGUUUUCAUUUGAUUGACGAUUUUGAAUACAAGAAUAUUGGGGAAUAAUUAAGACA